CAAUGGGAGGCUUCUGAGGGAGCGCGGAUAAACGUAUCUGUUGUGUUGCCGGUUCCUGGCUUCUCUGUGUUUAACGUUGGAUUUUAAGGUUUUAUAAAUCUCCAAAUCCACCGACAAUGAGUCUGUCUCUGAGAACGGAGCUCGUGGCCGACAAAACCAAACGUAAGAAGCGGAGAGAGCUGACCGAGGAUCAGAAACAUGAAAUCAAAGAAGCUUUCGAGUUGUUCGACACCGACAAAGACAAAGAAAUUGAUUACCACGAGCUGAAGGUGGCAAUGCGUGCGCUCGGCUUCGAAGUGAAGAAAGUGGAUGUUCUGAAGAUUCUUAAAGACUAUGACCGAGAGGGAAACGGCAAAAUAACAUUUGAGGAUUUCAACGAAGUGGUGACUGAUCGCAUCCUGGAGCGAGACCCGAGGGAGGAGAUCAUGAAAGCCUUCAAGCUGUUCGACGAUGAUGAAUCUGGAAAGAUCAGUCUGAGGAACCUGAGGCGAGUCGCUCGAGAGCUCGGGGAGAACAUCAGCGACGAGGAGCUGCGCAGCAUGAUCGACGAGUUCGACACCGACGGAGACGGUGAAAUAAACCAGGAUGAGUUUGUCACCAUCAUGACUGGAGACUCCUGAUGAGGAGUCCUCACGUCUGAAGGAGUUUUAUGGAAGCCGGGGACGUUUGUGUCGGAGUGGUCGUCCACACCGAGAGAAACUGAGUGAACAUCUGUGUGUGAGAGAGUGAGUGAAGGUGAACGAGUGUCGACACUGACACACAGGUUCCUCUCGGGGGUCUGAAGUAGACCGGAGUUGGACCCUGAUUCAUUAUUUGAAAGGUCGGGACUGUGACACGUUCAACAUCGACCUCACCGCUCGGGCCAGACGAGCUGUAAACUGUCGUUAAAGCCUUUUAUUCACCGUGUUGUCGACUUCUACAUGUUUCUGUUUUAAUACAACUUUAACUGUAACUUCACCUCAGAAGUGUCAAAGAUCAAACCAGCUCUGACGGAUUAGAUGCUGUUAGUGUCUGUGAUUCUGUCUGUGUCUGUCUUCGUACUGUAGACUGUGCAGUUUACACAUUGUGAAUGUUUGAAUGUGAUAUUUAUUUUGUACAAAAUAAAUCAGUUU